UCACGUGGGCGGUACGUCAGCCACCGUUCGGUCAACUGUCAUUUCACGGUAAUUCUCAGUUACUCCGCGUAGAAAAUAGGCUGGAUUACAACAAUAAAAUUUUUUUAAAUGUCGCAAGUAGUCGGUGCUCCUCGUCGUCAUUGAUACGGAAUUUACAAACCUCGACAAUAAACCAGUUUUGCAGAAUGGCGCACAGUUCUCGCGGUUACGGAUCCACCGAUCAGCGUUCCGACGUUCCGGAUGUAGGCUUUAGUCCUACUGAACUUUACAGCCUAAGCGAGAAUAUAACGACCAAUAUUUAUACAAUAAAUUCGAGCUGGCGUACUUUGGAUCGAGCUUUCAAAACCAUCGGUACUAAUAAGGAUUCCCAGGGUCUUCGCGACAGAGUACACGUGACACAGCUCAGUACCAAUCAAGUCGUUACUCAAACAAGCAAGGACAUUACAAGACUUACUGUGUUGAUGAGGCGGGGUGACAAAGAGCAGAAACUUCAGAUUGAAAAAUUAACAACCGACUUCAAAGAUGCCUUGCAGAGAUAUUCUGAGAUGCAGAAAGCUGUCGCAGAGAAAAUGAAAAGGCAUUUACUAGUAUCCGGUAAUUCUGAAAAUCAAUCUGGAGAUGGGAAUCAGGACACAGAGACUCUGGUUCAAGUCCAAGCAGACUUUGAGCAAAGAGACGCUCUGAGAUCCCUCGAAUUUGAACAAGGAUUGCUUUUAGAGCGCGAGGAGAGAAUUAGGAGAAUCGAAGGAGACAUAUUGGAUGUGAAUCAAAUAAUGCGUGAGUUGGGUGCGCUGGUACAUCAGCAAGGAGAGUCGAUUGAUACUAUAGAGAACAACAUAGAGAAUGUUCACGGAAAUGUCGAAUUGGGGGCUCAAGAAUUGGUUAAAGCUAGUAGUUACCAGUCAAAGUUCCGUCGAAAAGUUUGUUUCUUGUUGAUACUCGCUGUUGUUGCGGCCGUGAUACUAGCCAUUAUACUAGUCACUGAACUAAGUUAGCGUUUUAAAUAUUUUUAGGCGUUAUAAUCGGUCAAAACGGUUGUCUCAAUCUGUUGAUAAGGGGCUUUCGCAUAAUCACAAUAUAUGAUGUAGUAGUCUUAUAGGAGUUCUUUAAUGCAAUUUCAUCGCUUUGUAAUAAACAAAUGCAAUAAGUGGAGAGAUUUAAGACUUAAUUGCGUUCUAUAGUUUUGUUGAAAGAAUUAUAUAAUUUGUAUUCGCUUCUUUCUCCGCCUGAUUGAAUAUUAAGGUCGAUAUUCAAGGUCACAACUCUUAGCGUACACAAUAACUCAUAGAAUACAAAUCACGAAAUCAGAGACUAAAACUGAAUUGUAUAUGUUGUUGCCUAAUUUUUAUAGAGUGGAAUUGCCAAUUUUCUCCCCUCUCAUUAUACGUUAAUAUACUUUAGUUUAUCAUUGUAAGAAUUGACAACGGUCUUUCCGAACUACCUGCACAUUAAAAGCUGUUCGCUAAUCAAAUUUUACAAAAAUAAAUUCCCAAUCUGCCAAUACAUAAAAUCCACUAACGGAUAUUGUAUUAGUCGGUUUUGCAAUUGGUAGGUACUUUGUCUGACUUGAUUUUUCAGAAACCUACUUAAAUACCUCAAUUGUUUAUAAUUUCUGUAUACUUUCUUCCUUGUAAGCGUAUUAUUUUUCAAUUCAAUUUGAUAUCCUACAGUGUUAUUUCUACCCAGGCUAAGUAAUAGGACGUCCAUAAAGAAUUUACAGGUACAUAAAAUCUUAAUUUUCAUUCUUACAGGACACGUUGACAAAUUAGUUCGAUAAUUAGUUCGACUGCAAUAUUCCUUAAAAAAAGAAAAGAAAAACAGAGGUAACUCAUCAUAAAAAUAUGAUAAACGGGAAAUGAGUUUCAAUAAUACGGUAAACUUGUGCAUUUGUGUAUGAUAACCAAGCAUGCACACUAGACUGUGUGAAAAAAACUUUUUUCAUGGGGCCCGAACGAAAAGCGUUUAUGCUUAACAUAAGAUGUGGCGCUGUGAAAGCAGGGCGUUGUAGCUAAAGCCUGAGUGGUCGCUCUUACGAGUUUUAUAUAUUUGAAUGGAUUAACACGUACAAAAUUAUCAACGAAGACGUAAGCUUGUUUCACAGGGCUUCAUGUUAUGUUAAAAACGAACGUUUUUCGUUUGGGCCCGGCGAGAAAAAAAAUUUUUUCCUACGCAUUCUAAUAUACACUGUUCUAUUAUAUCUCUUACGGUAGAAGAUUAGAAUAAAGACCAGUGUUCUACGUUUGUUUAGUUUACUCAAAAAAUAAGAAAAAUGUUAAUGAAAUAAUGAUGCGAUUUUGUGCAAAUUGUAUGAAAUCUGUCUAGUGCAAAUUUAAAAACCAACGUAUACCAUGCUAAUGGGGAUUACUUCGUUUUUAACGAACAUUAUUUUCAAGGCAUGAUAUUUAUGAUUGGAAAUUUUCUACAGAUUGAGACAGCCAUUUUAUCACAGCCUGAACCAUUCUUAUUGUAAUAAAUAAUAAUUGUAGGCAUUCCACACACAUCCUGAGAGAUCCCUAAAGCACUAUCAUUACCAUUUUUUACCACAGCUGUAUAUACAACUAAUUAUUAUCAUAAUUAUAACACUAUGUUACUGAUUUUAGUCAAAUGUUAAUCUGUACUCUUAAAUAUGGAUCACGAAAAUGUAAUUAUUCUAUUACUAAUAUUAAAACGAUAUGUGAUAUUAAA